AUGGCUUUUAAUCUUUCCUGGGCCUGUGUAAUAAUAGGCUGUACUUUUGAUUCUUUAGGAAGAAUAUCCAAUAUCUCAGAUGUGUAUCCCCCUCUGUGGAAAGAGAGUCCUGAUAAGUUCAGUGACUACAAGGUAGAAAAUGGAAAAUACAUCAUUAAUGUCUGGAAUUACCUUGAAAGACUGGGGACAUAUAAAAUCCUAUUGAACAAGACAGGCAAGUAUUUUGAAAAAUUUGCACCAGAAAAUGAACAAAAUAUUUUAUGGGGACUGCCUGUGCAUCACGGGUGGCAGUACAGAAAGGGGAAGUUGGCUGAUCCCACCCAAAGGGCAGACUGUGGCCAUGAAUCUGGGGAUCAUCUAUGUAUCUCUGUGGACAGUUGGUGGGCUGACCUUAAUUAUUAUCUCUCUGCAAUACCCUUCCUUGCUGUGGUUGAUUCUGACAUAAUGGGAAUAUCAUCAGACAAUGUCACCUUUCUGCCACCAUCCGAGGAUCAGAUGAAUUUUUGUUAUAAUGUUUCUAGCUGUUAUUCAUCCUUUCCAGAUACAAUGAAAAAAUGGAAUAAAUUUUACCAGCAGGUAACGUUAUAUUCUAGUAACUUUGAUGACCUCUUGAAGUACUUAUGGGUUGCACACGUCUCAUCCUUGAAGGUUGCUUAUAAAAAAUUUCACAAUAGGUUACAGCAUUACUCUAAACAAGAAGCAGAGUUUGAAAGCAGCAGGGCUUUGUUUGUGGAUUAUUUAGCUCCACCCCUCUUCCCUUCAGCUUUGAUUAGAACAUAUGAACUCCAGAAGGGCCUGCCAACACAAAUGCUUGUUAGUGGGAAUAAAGCCCCCUUCAUCAGUGACUUUACAGGCUUUCAGAACACAGUCCUGCUUGGUCUAAAUUUUCUCCACAAAGUGUAUAAGUAUACAGGUGACAGCCCUUAA